AAAGGUGCAAGGACCUGCUCGCAUCAAGGAUCCAGCUGCUUUCUCGGGGACCAAAACAUUGAGCUUUUGUCUCGAUAUUCACUCAAGCAGCCCAUGAGAUCAAGGUGUUGACAGAAAGAAUGUUCAAACAUCUUCGGAAAUGGUUUGUCACUCGCUUUCUGGGGCAUCCUCGGCGAAGAACAAGGCUGGUUUCCAAAGAUGGAAGGUGCAACAUAGAGUUUGGCAAUGUGGAGGCGCAGACGAGGUUUAUAUUCUUUGUGGACAUUUGGACGACGGUGCUUGACCUCAAAUGGAGAUACAAGAUGACCAUCUUCAUCACAGCCUUCUUGGGGAGCUGGUUCCUCUUUGGCCUCCUGUGGUACGCGGUCGCCUACAUUCACAAAGAUCUCCCCGAGUUCCAUCCACCGGACAACCACACCCCUUGCGUGGACAACAUUAAUGGUCUGACCUCAGCUUUUCUGUUUUCUCUGGAAACACAAGUGACUAUUGGCUAUGGAUUCAGGUGUGUGACCGAACAGUGCGGCACCGCCAUCUUCCUGCUCAUCUUCCAGUCUAUCCUUGGAGUCAUCAUCAACUCCUUCAUGUGUGGCGCCAUCUUAGCCAAGAUCUCCAGGCCCAAAAAGCGGGCGAAGACCAUUACCUUCAGCAAGAAUGCCGUGAUCAGUAAGCGGGGAGGGAAGCUGUGCCUCCUCAUCCGUGUGGCCAACCUCCGGAAGAGCCUCCUCAUUGGCAGUCACAUCUAUGGGAAGCUUCUCAAGACCACAGUCACUCCUGAGGGAGAGACCAUUAUUUUGGAUCAGACCAAUAUCAACUUCAUCGUUGAUGCUGGGAAUGAAAAUUUAUUCUUCAUCUCCCCACUGACCAUUUACCACAUCAUUGAUCACAACAGCCCCUUCUUCGACAUGGCGGCAGAGACGCUUCUCCAGCAGGACUUCGAGUUAGUGGUGUUUUUAGAUGGCACCGUGGAGUCGACCAGCGCGACCUGCCAAGUGCGGACAUCCUACGUCCCAGAAGAGGUGCUCUGGGGCUACCGUUUUGCUCCCAUCGUGUCCAAGACCAAGGAAGGGAAAUACCGCGUGGAUUUCCACAACUUUAGCAAGACGGUGGAAGUGGAUACCCCUCACUGUGCCAUGUGCCUUUAUAAUGAGAGAGACGCGAGAGCCAAGAUGAAGAGAGGCUAUGACAACCCCAACUUCACUUUGUCAGAAGUCAACGAGACAGAUGACACUAAAAUGUAGCAGUGGCUUUUCGACACAAGUAAAGCCAAGUUUCGAACACACAUAGUGACUAGCGGCAUGAUGAAGCAAUCAACCAUUUGGGAGUAUGAAACAGACAAAAGCCUUCCAAGUCCACCAGCACAAUGC